AUGAAUUCACGACGAGAAGAGUCACAGGAUCGAGCCAUUGUCAGAAUAGCUGCUCAUUUGCCAGACCUCAUUGUCUAUGGAGAUUUCUCUUCAGAGCUACCGUCUGUAGAUUAUUUUGAUGGAGUCUUGAUGUUUGUUGAUAUUUCAGGUUUUACUGAAAUGACUGAAAAGUUCAGCACAGCAAUGUAUAUGGACCGAGGGGCUGAACAGCUGGUAGAGAUCCUCAACCACUACAUAAGUGCAAUAGUGGAGAAAGUGUUGAUUUUUGGAGGUGACAUCUUAAAAUUUGCAGGUGACGCCUUGCUAGCCCUGUGGAAAGUGGAGCGAAGGCAACUGAAAAACUUUAUAACAGUGGUCAUUAAGUGUAGCCUGGAGAUCCAUGGAUUGUUUGAAUCCCAGGAAUGUCAAGAAGGCCUGGAUGUCCGAGUCAAGAUAGGCCUGGCUGCCGGCCACAUCACGAUGCUGGUGUUUGGAGAUAAAACACGCAACUUCUUUCUGGUGAUUGGUCAGGCCGUGGAAGACGUGCGCCUGGCACAGAACAUGGCCCAGAUGAAUGAUGUCAUUCUGUCACCAAACUGCUGGCAGCUCUGCGACCGCAACAUGAUUGAAAUCGAGAGGAUCCCUGACCAGAGAGCAGUUAAGGUUAACUUCCUAAAACCACCCCCUACAUUUAACUUUGAAGAAUUUUUCACAAAGUGUAUGACUUUCAUGGAUUACUAUCCUUCUGGUGACCACAAAAACCUCCUGAGGCUUGCGUGCAUGCUAGAGUCUGAUCCUGAGCUGGAACUAUCCCUACAAAAGUAUGUGAUGGAAAGCAUAUUGAAGCAGAUUGAUGACAAACAGCUUCGGGGUUAUUUGUCUGAGCUCCGCCCAGUGACAAUUGUGUUCGUAAACCUAAUGUUUAAGGAACAAGAUAAAGUAGAAGUCAUAAGCGCGGCCAUCCAGGCUGCCUGUGUGCACAUCAGUUCUGUCCUGAGAGUCUUCCGAGGCCAAAUCAAUAAAGUCUUCAUGUUUGAUAAGGGCUGCUCCUUCCUCUGUGUCUUUGGUUUCCCUGGGGAAAAGGCACCUGAUGAGGUCACUCAUGCCUUGGAAAGUGCUGUGGAUAUAUUUGACUUCUGCUCUCAAGUCCACAAAAUCCGUACUGUUUCCAUCGGCGUUGCCAGCGGGAUCGUCUUCUGUGGGAUCGUUGGACACUCUGUGAGACAUGAGUACACAGUCAUUGGGCAAAAAGUCAACAUAGCUGCCAGAAUGAUGAUGUACUACCCCGGAAUUGUGACCUGCGACUCUGUCACCUACAAUGGCAGCAACCUACCAGCCUACUUUUUUAAAGAGCUUCCAAAGAAAGUCAUGAAAGGUGUUGCGGAUUCUGGACCAGUCUAUCAGUGCUUGGGCCUUAAUGAGAAAGUCAUGUUUGGUAUGGCAUACCUCAUCUGCAACAGAAAUGAGGGUUACCCUUUGCUGGGACGUGAUAAGGAGAUCAAAUACUUCAUAUGUACUAUGAAGGAAUUUUUGAUGUCAAACUGCAGCCGAGUCCUAAUGUAUGAAGGAUUGGCAGGAUAUGGAAAAAGCCAGAUACUUAUGGAAAUUGAGUACCUGGCCCAAGGUGAGAACCACAGGACUAUUGCUAUUGCAUUGACUAAGAUCAGCUUCCAUCAGAAUUUUUAUGCCAUCCAGAUACUCAUGGCCAAUGUACUAGGUUUGGAUACUUGUAAACAUUAUAAAGAACGACAGAGUAAUCUUCAAAAUAAACUCAAAAAACUGUUGGAUGAAAAGUUCUACUGUCUUCUUAAUGACAUUUUCCAUGUCCAGUUCCCUAUUUCACGAGAGGUUUCCAAGAUGUCCACUGUGAAAAAACAAAAGCUAUUGGAGUCAUUGUUUAUGAAGAUCUUGGAGCAAACAGUGAAAGAGGAAAGGAUUAUUUUCAUCAUCGAUGAGAGCCAGUUUGUCGAUACCACCUCUUGGGCCUUUAUGGAGAAGCUUAUCCGAACUCUCCCUAUCUUUAUCAUCAUGUCCCUGUCACCCUUCACCAACAACCCCUGUGAGGCUGCCAGUGCCAUCAUGAAGAACAGAAAUACCACCUACGUCACCCUUGGACCUGUGCAGCCUAAGGACAUUCGCAACAAGGCUUGCCUGGACCUCAAUGUCCAAGGAAUCCCCAAAGAACUGGACUUGUAUCUGGUAGAGGGAAGCUGUGGGAUUCCAUUUUACUGUGAAGAAUUGCUUAAAAACCUCGAUAAACACAAGGUACUUGUUUUCCAACCAAUGGAAUAUGAAGAAAAGACAAAUAUCACCUGGACUAACCUGUUCAAAAAUUUUGCUAAGCCAACUGAGGAAUUAAAAGUACUUACUCUCAAUAAUGAGGAGAAAAAUGAAGAAGUCUGCAAUCUUGCAUAUGGUGUGAGAUUAAAAAACAUGUCACCACCAGCAUCAUUGAAAGAAAUCUCUCUAGUCCAACUGGAUAGCAUGAGCCUUUCCCACCAGAUGCUGGUAAGAUGCGCAGCCAUCAUUGGCCAGAUCUUCACUACAGAGCUGCUGUUUGAGGUUCUCCCUUGUUGGAACAUGAAGAUGAUGAUCAAUGCCCUGGCAACCCUAGUAAAAUCCAAUGUCUUUGACUGUUUCCGGAAUGGCAAGGAGCUCCAAAUGGCCCUAAGACAGAAUUCACCUUCGUUUGAGGUCAACUAUCGCUCCCAGUUCCUGAAGCCCACUGCUGGCAUGGCUCAUAGUGUGAGUGAAGAGCUUCUUGAACUGGAAAGCGAAGUGAUUGAGUGCCACAUCAUUCGAUUCUGCAGACCCAUAAUGCAGAAGACAGCCUACGAGUUGUGGCUGAAGGACCAGAAGAAGGCCAUGCAUUUGAAAUGUGCCCGCUUCUUAGAAGAAGAUGCCCACCGAUGUGACCACUGCCGGAGUGGGGACUUCAUUCCCUAUCACCACUUCACAGUAGACAUUCGGCUCAACACUUUGGACUUGAAUACUAUCCGGAAGAUGGCUAAGUCCCAUGAAUUUCAAAGUAACAUAUAUCAUUCUGCAUUAGUCUUAACUAUCCAUGGGAACAUGGAGAUUAGACCUAGAAGGAGGAUUGAGAUCUACAUCUCUGCCACAUGGACCAUUUCCACAACCCACGCAACUCAUGUGUUUGUUUAUUUUCUAGCUGAAGAAGAGAUCACCUCUUCCAAAAUAGGGAUUCCAAAGAAAUUUGACAUAUUUCCUGAAACUUUCAGUUCUGAAGAAAUCAGAGAUAAGAUUUUGAGUUUCUUGGACUUCAUUAUAACAAAGAUGAAGACAUCUGAGGAAGACAUUAUCCCUCUGGAAUCAUGCCAGUGUGAGGAAAUCCUGGAGAUUGUCAUCCUGCCUCUAGCCCACCAUUUUCUGGCUUUGGGAGAAAACAACAAAGCCUUAUAUUAUUUCCUAGAAAUAGCAUCUGCAUAUCUCAUCCUGGGUGAUAGUUACAUGGCAUAUAUGUAUUUGAAUGAAGGAGAGAAGUUGUUGAAAACUCUCAAGAAAGGAAAAUCUUGGAGUCAGACUUUUGAGUUUGCCACAUUUUAUAGCCUCAAAGGCCAGGUCUGUUUCAACAUGGGCCACAUGGUGCUUGCCAAGGAAAUGCUGAGGAAGGCACUGAAGCUCCUCAACCGAAUCUUUCCUUAUAGCUUAAUCUCUCUAUUUCUCCAGACCCAUGUGGAGAAAAAUAGACACUCUCAUUAUGUGAAUCACCAGGCCCAAGACAGCUCACCUCCAGGGAAGAAGAGGCUGGCACAGCUCUACCGGCAGAUCGCUUGCUUCUCCUUGCUCUGGCAGAUCUACAACUUAAAUUACUUUUUUCACUACAAGUACUUUAGUCACCUGGCUGCUCUGAUGCAAGUGAACACUGCCUUGGAAACUCAAGACGAUUUCCAGAUCAUUAAGGCCUACCUGGACUACUCACUGUACCACCAGCUGGCCGGCUACCAGGGCGUGUGGUUCAAAUAUGAAGUCAUGGCCAUGGAACAGAUCUUCAGCCUGCCCCUGAAAGGCGAGGGCAUCGAAAUUGUGUCAUAUGUGGCUGAUACACUGAGCUACAUCAAGCUCAUAAUGGGUCACCUGGACUUGGCCAUUGAUUUAGGCUCUCGAGCCCACAAGAUGUGGACACUACUCCGGAAUCCCAACAAACACCAUCAUGUCCUCUGUUGGCUUAGUAGAUCUAUCUUCUUAAAAAGCAGGUAUCCACAAUUGAUCCAGGUUCUGGGGUGGCUGUGGGAUCUCUCUGUAGAAGAAGAGCACAUCUACAGCAAGGCAUUUUUCUAUUUUGUCUGCCUGGACAUCAUGCUUUAUUCUGGUUUUAUUUAUAGGACAUUUGAAGAGUGUUUGGAAUUUAUACACCAAAAUGAAGACAAUAGAAUCCUCAAGUUCCACAGUGGAAUCCUCCUGGGGCUUUAUUCGUGUCUAGCUAUCUGGUAUGCCCGACUUGAGGAAUGGGACAACUUCCACAUAUUUUCUAACAGAGCUAAAAUUCUAGUGCCAAGAAGAACUCCAACGGCGCUUUACAGUGAAGGGAUCAGUAGGUACAUGGAGGCACAGGUUCUUUACCUGCAAAAGAAAAUUGAAGAACAAUCUGUGAAUGCUCAGGACAGUGGUGUUGAGCUACUCAAGAACUUGGAGAGUCUGGUGACGCAAGCUACCACUGGCCCUGUCUUCUACCCAAGGAUCUAUCACCUGAUGUCCUAUGUCUGUAUUCUCAUGGGAGAUGGACAGAACUGCGACCACUUCCUGAACAUGGCUUUAGAGCUCUCCGAGACACAAGGGAAUACUUUGGAGAAAUGCUGGCUGAACAUGAGCAAAGAAUGGUGGUACUCCAGCUCUGAGCUCACUGAAGACCAAUGGUUUCAAACACUCUUGAGUCUCCCAUCCUGGGAAAAAAUUGUGUCGGGCAAGGUAAACAUACAGGAGCUUCAAAAGAACAAAUUCCUGAUGAAAGUUAAUAUCCUGGACAAUCCUUUCUAACACUUCGUGAACGAGAAUGAAGAUGUUAGUAAGACUCAUUCUCUUGUAAUUAUUCAUUAUUAACAUUUUUCUGCAGCCAGACACAAAAACCAGAAAUCAGGCAUGUUGAUUUCUUCUCCAGGGGGAGAGUCCAAAAAUGUGGGCAGCGUCAUGCUGUUCUCCCUCCUCUAUUUGCAAAGAUUGACUUUGCCUUUCAUGUUGUUUUCAUUGAUCUGUCUAUUGCUGCCCACUCGAGAUUGUAUCAAUGGGAAAAUGAUAUCAUCAAAAUCAUAACUAGAAAUACUUC